UCUCUCUCUCUGUCUCUCUCUCUGUCUCUGUCUCUGUCUGUCUGUCUCUCAGGGCUCUGAAUGAGAUGUGGAAGUGUCAGAACAUGUUGAGAGGUUUGGUCAGAGAACUGCUGGACCUUCACAAACUACCUGCCUCUGAAGCCAACACCACGGCCAUGUUUGGAAAGCUGAUGACCAUUAGCAAGAACCUCCCCGAUGCUGGUAAGGCCCAGGACUUCAUGAAGCGGUUUAACCAGGUGUUAGGAGAAGAUGAGAAGCUCCGAGUCCAGCUGGAUACUCUCAUCAGCCCAACCUGCUCCUGUAGACAGGCUGAACUCUGUGUGAGGGAGAUUACUCGUAAACUGACGUUCCCUAAGCAACCCACCAACCCCUUCCUGGAGAUGGUGAAGUUCCUGUUGGAACGCAUCGCUCCCGUCCACAUCGACUCCGAGGCCAUCAGUGCUCUGGUCAAGCUGCUGAAUAAGUCUAUCGAGGGAACGGCUGAUGAUGAUGAGGAAGGUGUCACACCAGACACUGCCAUCCGCUCUGGGCUGGAACUACUGAAGGUUCUGUCCUUCACCCACCCCACAGCGUUCCACUCUGCUGAGACGUAUGAGUCUCUGCUUCAGUGUCUGAAGAUGGAGGAUGACAAGGUGGCCGAGGCGGCCAUUCAGAUCUUCAGGAACACGGGACAGAAAAUAGAGACCGAACUACAGCAGAUACGAUCGACCCUGAUCCCAGUCCUUCAUCAGAAGGCCAAACGUGGGACCCCCCACCAGGCCAAACAGGCUGUCCACUGUAUCCACGCCAUCUUCUGUAACAAGGAGGUCCAGCUGGCGCAGAUCUUUGAGCCUCUCUCUCGUAGUCUGAACGCUGACGUCCCAGAACAGUUGAUAACCCCCCUGGUCAGUCUGGGUCAUAUCUCUCUACUGGCUCCAGAUCAGUUUGCCUCCCCCAUGAAGGCCAUCGUGGCCAACUUCAUCGUCAAGGACCUGCUCAUGAAUGACAGGUCUGUAGGAAACAAAAAUGGGAAGCUGUGGACAUCUGACGAAGAAGUUUCUCCUGAGGUGCUGGCUAAGGUGCAGGCCAUUAAGCUGUUGGUGCGUUGGCUCCUCGGUAUGAAGAACAAUCAGUCUAAAUCGGCCAACUCCACCCUCCGACUGCUGUCCGCCAUGCUGGUCUCAGAGGGAGACCUCACAGAACAGAAAAAGAUCAGUAAAUCAGACAUGUCUCGUCUGCGUCUGGCAGCAGGAGGAGCCAUCAUGAAGCUGGCCAGGAACCGGUUUACCAUGACAUCAUCACACCGGAACAGUUCCAACUCUGUGGGCUGGUUAUCAACGUAAGACUGUGUGUCGGGG